AUGGCUGUGGCCACUACCAAUGGGGAUUUGCCCGGCCUGUGGGACGAAUCGAGGCAGCUCGGCCAGUUGUUUAUGAUGGGCUUUGAUGGCACCACGGUCACUGAUCAGGUCAAGACCUUGAUCGAGAAGUAUCACGUAGGCUCUAUAUUACUCAAGGCUCAAAACCUCAAAUGUGCCGUCUCCUCUGCAGAACAGGCAACCCAGCUCGUGCUUGACCUUCAGACUCUUGCACGUCAAGCUGGUCAUCCGGUGCCCCUUUUAAUUGCUCUCGACCAGGAAAAUGGCGGCGUCAACAGUCUCUACGAUGAGGUCUAUAUUCGUCAAUUCCCCAGUGCCAUGGGCUUGGCUGCUACCGGCUCAAAGAAACUGGCAAAGGAUAUCGCCAGAGCAACAGCUCAGGAGUUGAAUUCGUGUGGUAUCAAUUGGAUCCUGGGUCCAGUGCUGGAUGUCCUGACCAACGCCCGAAACCAGCCUCUCGGCGUUCGAUCUGUAGGCGAUGACCCUCAUGAAGUCUCGGCAUAUGGUGUCGAAUGCAUCAAAGGCUACCAAGAAGGCGGAGUCGCGACCUGCGGCAAGCAUUUCCCUUCUUAUGGCAAUCUUGAAUUCUUUGGCGUUCCAGAUGAUGUGCCCACCAUUACAGACUCCUUGGAGAAUCUGAGCCAGAGUGCUUUGGUCCCUUUUCGAGCCGCCAUCGCCCAUGGCGUUGAUGCAAUGAUGGUCGGCGGCGUUGCCAUGGCAUCUUCUCAAGUCAAUGUGAUGCACGCUUGUCUUUCGGAGCAGAUUGUUCGAGAUCUGUUGCGACACGAAAUGCGCUUUGAAGGUGUCGUGGUUUCGGAGUGCCUGGAAAUGGAGGCUCUGAGCCGCAAUAUUGGUAUCAGUGGUGGAACAGUCAUGGCCUUCCAGGCCGGCUGUGACCUGAUCCUGACUUGCCGAACUCUGUCAGUCCAAGAAGACGCCAUCAACGGUCUUACCACCGGAUUGGACAAUGGCAUGAUUGAGAGAUAUCGAGUGCAACAGUCAGUACAGCGAAUCCUUAACCUGAAGAAAAAAUAUACAUCUUGGGAAAAGGCGUUUUCGCCGACGGGAAUCGAGAAUCUUUCACGCUUGCAGCCUCUUCAUACAAGCCUUUCAACUACAGCUUAUAACAAAUCAAUCACUGUGGUUCGAGACCGACAACAUUAUCUGCCGUUGUCCAGAGUCAUCAAACCCGACGAAGAACUUCUCCUUUUGACGCCUUUGGUCAAACCAUUACCCGCUUCCGCCCUGUUUCAUCUCCUGCAAAAUGAGGCGUCGACUCUCCCUCAUUUGGGGCGCAGUCCUAGCAUCGAUACGAAUACGUCAAUCAUGAGUGGAGAGCAAGUCUUCCGAGAACUUGGUCGAAUGCUCGCCCGGUACCGCAACGGCAAAAUCUCUCACACUUCAUAUACUGCUAAUGGAGUGAGACCGCUCCAUGAGAACCUCUUGAAUCGAGCUCGAGGAGUCGUGGUCAUCACGGCAGAUGCAGGUCGGAAUAUGUAUCAAAACGCUUUUGCAAAACACAUUUCUAUGUUAUGUAAGUUGUCGGUAGGAGCGGAUGGCACUCCACGGGAAAAGCCUUGUGUUGUGGUCGCCGUCAGCUCCCCCUUCGACUUUGCGUCUGACACGUCGAUCGGAACGUACGUUUGUACCUAUGACUUCACCGAGGCAGCGCUGCAAGCGUUAGUCCAAGUACUUUAUGGUGAGCUUACCCCGUCGGGAGUGUUGCCAGGCUCAUCUAGCCAGAAGCCCCAGACUAGUCACACCAGACAGCAGUGGCUUGUGGAAAGCUUCAGUGAGGAUCGAGACUCGACAGCAUUAGACGCGCUCCUUAUCCAAUCACAGAAUGAACCGUCAGUACACGCAGCGGCGCUGAAAAACGCGACGUCUGGUACCUUCCUCCUCCGCGAUCCCGAUGUGGAAGAGGCGCAUUUUGUGGUCAGGAACAGCAGUACAAAAGAGUUGUUUGGGUUUUGUACCACAUAUUAUUUCAAGAACAGCGGCAUUGGGCAUAUCGGAGCCAUCAUUGUGGACCCGGCGCGCCGACGGUUAUCUAUCGGGCAUUCUCUACACGACCGUGCCGUGCGAGCGCUGCUUCAGAAGAAAGGAAUCACGAAGUUCCAGCUUGGGGUCAAGUUUCCGCAUGUGUACCUAGGCAUCCCCAAACUGGAUCCCCUAGAGUACAAACGCUUGCGCCAAUGGUUUGCCAAACUCGGAUGGAAUGUGUCUCUUUCCACACCUGUGGCAACCAUGAUGAUUCGCGACUUGUCAGCCUGGACAGCUCCUGAAGGAUUAGGCCAGGCCUUGGCAAAUGCCGACGUCAAAUAUGACCUGGUACACCGAGCCGAGUACACUGAAGUGAUGAUGGAGCAUCUCAAAAGAUGUGCCCGGACGGAUGUACGAGGUGUUUACCAAAUGGCCCUAGGCAAUGAAGAAGGCUGUGGUGUCAUUCGGGCGAAAAGGGCAUCUGAUCAGUCAAUUCUAGGGAGCAUCUUGAUCUCCCGAGCCGAAUCGAAAAUUGCCCGCUAUAUUCCGUCAUUCGACCGCGUCUCGCUUUUCCAAGGCCUUGUCCUCUUGGGCGUACGCCAGCUCAAAAAGCAAGGUUUGCGGACUCUCCUUUUGGACUAUACCCGCGAAGAUGUUGCUAUGAACGGCCUAAAGGCUUUGGGCUUUACUAUCAGCAACAGUUUUGAAGAGAUCUCAAGCGAUCCGGUCCACUGGACGAUGAUGUCCGCAACAUGA